AUGGUUCAAAAUUUACGCGUUACUUUAAUAAAACCAGGUUCUAUAGUCUCUGAGCUUCACUAUGGGCCUUAUUCAUUUUAUUGGUGGAUAUUUUCAGAUGAAAAUAAAACUUUAUUUCUGAUUAGGCUGGGACAACAGACUAAAGUUCACAUUAAUGAAGUAAACUUUAUUUUAACAAUACAAACCGGUUCUGAUAAUAGCAAAUUAAUGCCAAUGUACUACUGUCAAAGUGGUUUGCAUGUCGUUACAGAGUCAAGUUCUACAAAGGCUAUUUCUACAGCUUACAAGAACCAUUUUAAUACUUCAACACGCUAUCCAGGAUAUCAAGCAAUGGGUUGGAAUGACAAAAAUAUUCUUGAAAUUCUAAAAAAAGAUGUUGAUUAUAUUCCUGUUACUGUUAAUGUAGGAAACUGUAAAAUUUUUAUUUAUAGUAUGAGGUCGUCAUCACAUAAAAAAUGGUGUUAUGCGGGUUCAGCUGAAUCUGAAAAUCCAAUAAUUGACUUUGAACCUUCUUUACAUGCUAUAUACCCAAAAGGAUAUGAAUUUAGUGAACGUGAAUUGGGUGCAUGGCAAACUAUGCUAAAAGCAGCUGGUGCAACAAAUAUAACUCCUUAG